CUCACCUACUCCAUCUUGUGAUACCUGAUCCACGGGGUUCUCGUUCGUCGGUGUCUGAUUCUCAGUUUGAUAGAGGGCGGUUGAGAUCUAUCAGCCUAAUCGAAAUCCUCGACAAUGGUUGUCUACUCGUUCUACAUCUUCGACCGUCAUGCGGAGUGUAUCUACAAGAAGCGUUGGCUCCCGCGACCAGCCGUCGUUGGAAAAUCUCGUGCGAAUUCUGAGUUGCCAGCGCCGACCAAUGGACUUCCCGCGGCCAUCGGCCAGUCUGACCGGACGACCGACGAUGACGCCAAACUGAUCUUCGGCACGGUCUUCUCUCUGCGGAAUAUGGUGCGCAAACUGGGGGGCGAGGAUGAUAGCUUCGUUUCCUACUGCACCAGUCAAUACCAACUCCACUAUUACGAAACCCCGACGAACAUCAAGUUCGUCAUGCUCACCGACCUCAAGAGCCCCAGUAUGCGGGUUGCACUGCAGCAGAUUUACAUCAACCUUUUCGUGGAAUACGUGGUCAAGAACCCAUUAUCGCCCACGGAACAUCCGGGCGGCAUUGGAGUCAACAAUGAGCUUUUUGAGGAAUCGCUAGAACAAUUCGUGACUCGGGUCCUAGCUUGAGCGACCAUCCGAGAAACGCUCGGUCUGGUCUUAGCUUCUCCACAUCCCAAAAUCGACAGCCGAGAGAUUGCCCGGCGCCGAAGGCUCGAAGCGGGUUCUUGAGGGUCAGUCGUAUUCCGCCGCGGUGUUCCCACCUCCUCGAGUCCCACUAGACCAGAGCUACUAGACAGCAUCGGGCCAAUGCUCUGCGGAGAAAGACUGAACUGCUCUGGUCAUCGAUGCGGCGGAUGGCGAACACCAUAGCCCCGCAUCUAUCGUCGGUGUAUACCAGCGCGAGCUAGCACUUAACGAUGUUAGACGAACCCACUGCUGGUGUAUCGUCUUCCCCUCACCAAACGACUACACAAGUGGGUUAUCACCUACUAUUCAAUGGCUUGCUUGGGUAUAUGAUUGGACAGACGCUGAAUGAUGAAGCUGGAUUAUAGAGAUUCACUAUGAGAACCAAGAGAUACUAAAGCAUAAUAAUAAUCAAGAGAUAGCAAAGGAUGG